UGGGGCCCCCGGGCAAUAGGGGAUCAUGGGGCCCCUGUGUCCUUGCCCAAACUCAAAAAAGCCUAUGAAAAAGGUACCAGGGGCAUCUCAUGGGGCCCCCUACUGACCCCAGGCCCUCGGGCAGUGCCCGAGUUUCCAAAUGGUCAGUCCGCCCAUUUGUAUGUUGAAUUAGAGCUCAGUAAUUGUGAACCGUAAUCUGUGCUUUGGACAUUUAGUCAUUUUUUUUUUUGUAAAUCUUUUCCAUGUAUUCCCAGAUUUGUGCACAGACAUAUGCAAUGCACGUGCAGAAUCACUGUUUAUCACUGUCAUGUGUAGUAAUGACAAUCCCA